UAGAAGCCAAGAAUGCUCAGGAAUUUCCAAGCUGCAAAAUAAUUGUUAUAUAGUAUUUCAAAAACAUUCCUAUCUUUUGUUUUUAGCCUUGACUAUGGAUGCAAAAAUGCAAAAGGAUGAACUGACAAGGACAAUUAAAUUUAUGCCACCACUAUACAAACAACGCUACCUGUUCGUUAAACAGUUAGUGAGUAAACAUAAACCUAAAAAGGUGGCAGAUUUGGGAUGUGCUGAAUGCAGGCUACUCUGGAUGCUGAAAUUCUGUAGCUGCAUCGAAGUGCUUGUUGGGCUAGAUAUUAGUGAAGAUGUGAUGAAGGAGAAAAUGCAUACACUAUCUCCCCUUCCUGGUGACUAUCUCCAGCCAAGUGAAAGACGUCUGACAAUUAUCCUCUAUCAGGGUUCAGUUGCUCACAAAGACCCUUGUAUGCUGGGCUUUGAUAUGAUAACAUGCAUUGAAGUAAUAGAACACCUGGAGGCGGAAGAGCUGGACAAAUUCCCAGAAGUGGUAUUUGGUUUUAUGUCUCCAGCCAUGGUCGUAAUAACAACACCAAACUCAGAAUUUAAUUGUUUGCUUCCAAGUGUAACAUUAUUCAGACACCCAGAUCAUAAAUUUGAAUGGAACCGUGCACAAUUUGAGAACUGGGCCCAAGAUGUUGCAGCUCGCUAUGACUAUACUGUGGAGUUUACUGGAUUAGGAGCCCCACCUCCUGAAAAAGAUGUUGGGUCUUGUACACAAAUAGGUGUGUUUGUGAGAAAAUACCAGAAUGAUGGACCUACACAUUUUGAGAAAUGCAAGGAACAUGUUUAUAAAACGCUUUUCAAAGCUGAAUAUCCAAGCCUUAAAGAUGAAAAGUACUUGCAGAAUGCAGUGGUCAAUGAAGUUAUUUGGACAGCACAAAAAAUUGCAAGGAGACUAUGGGACCACGUAAAAACUGAAUAUAAAAAACCCUGUUAUGACUCUGAAACAGAAGCCAAAUUCCAACCAUCUCACCAUAGUCUGAGGUAUUUCAAGCAUCUGCCUUUAACAGAAGCCAACAAUAAAAGUUUGCAGCCAUUUAUUAAUGGAAACUCGGUCUACAUACCUCUUGCAAACAUUUUUUCUUUUCCUAAAGUGAAUAAACUUUGUGGAACAGUUGAAACAUUAAGCAAUCUCAUAACUGGCAAAGUUGCACUCAGCCAUGAUGGAUCUGCAGUGCUGAUUGAUGCUGAAUAUGAAAAUGAAGAGAUGGAGAAUUAGCUGAUGCUUUCAAAAAUACUUGUUCUUGGUACUACUUCGCUAACUGGAGGAGUCCAGUGAGCAGAAUUCUGCUAGUUGCUGGAUUUAAAACUCAGCAGAUUGGACUGGCUACUAAAUAUUUGGAUCAGGUGCCAUCUUUUUGUGUUGAGGUGGGCUAGAAUAAGAUGUUCCUACCUAAUUAUUUUGAUUGAGAAAUAAACAUGUACCUUCCUCACCCUAACUGCUUACAACAGUACUAUGGUUAGUAGAACAGAAGUCAGAAAACAGUUUUCUCUGUCUGCGAACAGAAAAAGUAAUGUUUAAGAUGCACUUUUUGUAUUGAAAGGUGGUUUUGCAGAAGUUUGUGUACUAUAUUAUGCAACACCACCAUUAUCAGUAUCUUUAUAGUACAAGUUUAGUUGAGAACUAAAUUAGUUGCUUAAGCUAAUGCUAGGUGUAAUGCUCUCUGUGUGCUUUUAAAAUAGUUUUCUUCAGAACCAUUCACACUGUUCUAUAUAGAAAUGGGUUUGUAGAUGCUGUCCAAUAAGGACCUUCAAAUAAGAUUGUAGAAUACUACUUGCUGAACAAAGUUGGAAAAUACAUUUGCUCAAUUCAUCUACGAACUGAUUCUAACCCCCAAAGCACUAGCAUAACUUUGGGGGACUGCUAGGUUUUGAUUAUAGAAAGGAGGAGCAACUCUUUUCCUUAGUCUCAACCUUAUAAUGGUUUGAUCAAGGAGAAGGGUGUGACCUCCUUUUUAAAUUCUGGCCCCUACUCCUAUGAGUUAUGUGCAAGAUGGGAGAGACUACUCAUUCACCUAGCAGUACUGCAAACACCAGUCAUAGGAUAGCCUUAUUAAAGCCUCAAGUAACUGAAGUUAUGCCUUGCUUCCUGCAUGUAUUACCUGUUCAAGUAUGCUUUUCUUUAAUUACAAUAGUUGGUAAACAGUUUGGCAUAUGAGCAGAUGUAGUUGUACAUAAAUAUUAUUCCUGUGUAACAGUAAACAGCCUUUUCUAAACAUAUUAGACAAUUCUAUCUCACUAAUCUUGCAACAAUUUCAACCACAAGGUGGCACGCUUCUCCAUAAAGCAUUUGCUUGGCAUCCUGUCCUCAUGUAACAAAAAGGGAUGCAGCUUUUUCCAAUAUCCCUACCAUCACCACCUUGGUAAAGAGAGGAGGACUGCAGUGUUGUUUUUAUACCAGAGACAACAAACAUGAUUGGGCAAGAGAAGAGAUGGUUUGGUACCUUGUUGCUCUUUGACUUUUUCCCUAAUUCAGUUGUCACAUUUAAAAAUGCUAUGAUAGAUUAUUGUUUUUCUACUACUACCUUCUUAGAAUGUAAUGCUCUCUAUUACA